UCGGGGUGAGGAUGUUCUCUCCCUCGGUGUGACUCGCAUUGACAGCUUGAUUUGUUCGUUUCUGGGAAAGAAUAUCGUGGAAAAUGCCAAAGUGUGUUUUUUUUGUUCCGGUCCUCUUACGCACGCUGCAGGUUCCCGUGUUUCUGAAGCGAUAAGAGAAGAGGAUACUUUAAUCCUCCAUGGAUCUCCUGCACUGAGGAUGGCUGAAGACGUGACCUGUUGCAGCUUCUCUCUCUCAGAUCAGUGGAUGGAUAACACGCGCUUCGGAUUGUUAAAUAAUACGGGAUUUAAUCACUUUUUCAUGGAUUUGUUUCUUUUAUUUUGAAAUCGUCUCUAAUGUGACACAAAAGGAAAACACACAGCGAUUGUUUUGAACACAUUUAGAAGUUGAGGAACAUUUCAUUCACUGUUUUCGUGCGUAAUAAACCUCAGGAUGGACUAAAACUGAUCUCGUCGCUGUUUGUGUCAUUUGUUUUGAAAUCGUCUCUAAUUGGACACGAUCGGAGCUCAGUCCGUGUUUGUUUUGAACCUAGACCUAUAUGGAAGUUACGGGACAUUUCAAUCGGUGUUUUCCUGCGUAAUAACGCCGAGGAUGGACUAAAACUGAUCUCAGCACCGCGCCCUGCUGCUUUCCAGGAGUCUAUAACCUCCUUUUUUUCUCCUCCCCUUCCCCUCCUCCUCUUUUCCUCCAGAAUGGCCCGGUUUGGAGACGAGGUCCCGGGCUUGCUGAGCUCCGGGGAUGGAGGCUCCGAGCUGCACCGGAUCCGGGAUGGAGGGGGUCUCUCCACAGGGGGCAUCUCUCCCGCUUUUAAACAGACCAAAGCGCAGCGUGCGCGCACCAUGGCACUGUACAACCCAAUCCCGGUGCGCGAGAACUGCUUCACCGUCAACAGGUCGCUCUUCAUCUUCGGAGAGGACAACUUGGUGCGGAAGUACGCCAAGAAAAUCAUCGAGUGGCCUCCGUUUGAGUACAUGAUCCUCACCACCAUCAUCGCUAACUGCAUCGUGCUGGCUCUGGAGCAGCAUCUUCCCGGAGAGGACAAGACCCCCAUGUCCAAGAGACUGGAGAAGACGGAGCCCUACUUCAUCGGGAUGUUCUGCUUCGAGGCCGGGAUCAAGAUCAUCGCGCUGGGCUUCGCGUUUCAUAAAGGCUCCUACCUCAGGAACGGGUGGAACGUCAUGGACUUCAUCGUGGUCCUCAGUGG